GCAAUAAGCAGCUGACUGUUACGUUAACAACCACAUUUUAUGUUUUUGUUUACUAAAAUAAUUUUAGCUAAUAUUCUGAAGGGAUGACUUAAAGUGAAUGUACCAACAGCAUUUAUAGGACAUGGCAGCGGAAUUGGAUCUGGACUCGGCCGCGGGGUCCUUGGAAAUCAACAUGCAAGAGCCGGUCAAUAAAUUAAAGUUCCUUCAUGCACUUGUUGCUGGAGGCGUGGCUGGCAUGGUGGUGGACAUUGCGCUCUUUCCCAUAGACACGGUAAAGACCCGACUGCAAAGCGAGCUGGGCUUUUGGCGGGCAGGAGGAUUCAGGGGCAUCUACAAAGGACUCGCUCCAGCGGCUGCAGGAAGUGCACCCACGGCGGCUCUGUUUUUCUGCACCUACGAGUGCGGGAAGCAGUUCCUUAGCUCGGUCACCCAAACCAAAGAUUCACCCUAUGUUCACAUGGCUGCGGCUUCAGCAGCAGAAGUGUUGGCUUGCUUGAUCCGUGUUCCCGUGGAGAUUGCCAAGCAACGCUCCCAAACAUUGCUGGGCAACAAACAGUCCGGCCUGCAAAUCCUGCUGCGGGCCUAUCGCACUGAGGGAUUGAAACGCGGUCUGUACCGCGGAUUCGGUUCCACUAUCAUGCGGGAGAUUCCAUUCAGCCUGAUUCAGUUCCCCCUCUGGGAGUACUUUAAGCUGCAGUGGACUCCCCUGACCGGCUUCGAAUCCUCUCCUUUUUCGGUGGCUCUCUGUGGAGCAGUCGCUGGUGGCAUUUCGGCGGGAUUAACCACGCCGCUGGAUGUGGUCAAGACCCGAAUUAUGCUGGCUGAAAGGGAGAGUCUCAACCGGCGUCGCAGUGCCCGAAGAAUCUUGCAUGGCAUUUAUCUGGAGCGAGGCUUCAGCGGUCUGUUUGCUGGCUUUGUGCCGCGGGUGCUGUGGAUCACACUGGGCGGUGCAUUCUUCUUUGGCUUCUACGACCUGACGACGCGAGUCCUUGGCGCCACCAGUACGGAUAAUUAAAAUUAGGGCUAUUUUCGUUGUACUUGUAGUAGAGGCACGUAGUUUGCAGUAGUAACUUAACCGAUGACAACCACCGUUUGAAGACAACGUGGACAAUAAAGUGUAUGGAAUACUUUUGAGAAUCACUAA